CGCGGUGCGGGCACCGGCACCGCCGAGACCAGGGCCGUGGCCUCCGCCGCCGCGCCCCGCGCCCCGCGCCCCGCGCCCGCCGCCGAGAUGCUGGGGCUGCUCGUGGCGUCGCUGGUCGCGGCGCUCGCCUACUUCGCGCUGCUGGACGGUUGGUACCUGGUGCGCGUGCCGUGCGCCGUGCUGCGCGCGCGCCUGCUGCAGCCGCGCGUCCGCGACCUGCUGGCCGAGCAACGCUACGCGGGCCGCGUGCUGCCCUCGGACCUGGACCUGCUGCUGCACAUGAACAACGCGCGCUACUUGCGCGAGGCCGACGUGGCGCGCGCGGCGCACCUGGCCCGCUGCGGGGUCCUGGGGGCGCUGCGCGCGCUCGGGGCCCAAGCCGUGCUGGCCGCCUCGUGUGCGCGCUAUCGCCGCUCGCUGCGCUUGUUCGAGCCCUUCGAGGUGCGCACCCGCCUGCUGGGCUGGGACGACCGCGCCUUUUACGUGGAGGCGCGCUUCGUCAGCCUGCGCGAUGGCUUCGUGUGCGCGCUGCUGCGCUCCCGCCAGCACGUGCUGGGCACCUCGCCGGAGCGCGUCGUGGAGCACCUGUGCAAGCGCCGGGUGGAGGCCCCUGAGCUACCAGAAGACCUGCGGCACUGGGUGGCCUACAACGAGGCCAGCAGUCAGCUGCUCAGGGCUGAGAGCGGGCUCAGUGACGUCGUCAAGGACCAAUGAGCACUGCGCCCUGCCUGCCGGCCUCACCCUGGGGGCACCUGCCCUCCCUUCCGGGCCUGCCGGGGGCAGAGAGUGCAGAAUGGGCCCGCCGGGCUGGGCUGUCUCCCAGCUGGAGUGGCCUGCUGUUCGGCGGGCUUGGCCCACCCCCUCCCCACGCUCAGACCUUCCCUCCACCAGCCAGUUAUCGACGCCCCCCCCCCCCAGCUGGGCUCCGGACAGCAGGGUGGGGGACCCACACACAGAUGCCCUGACCCAGCUCUGCCCUCGGGGUGGAGAUGAUGAGGAAAAGGGGAGGCCCAGGGCCCUCAGCGUGUGGGCGCUGGGGGGCUGGGGGGCUGGGGCGCUGGGCCCCACCCUGCAAAUGAAGCCACACUUCCACAGGCUCAAGUUGGGAGAGUGCUUGGACCAGAGGGGCCAGCUAAAGCCAUCCUGAGCACCAGAGCCUGGAGUUCGAUGGAGGUGAGGGGUGAAGCCAGAGCGGUCCUGGGGGCAGGGCUGGGGCCUGAUUCUGGCCUGGUGAGGAGCUGUGAAGGUUCGGAACAGCAUUUGGAGGCAGAUCCCUGUGGCUGUGGGUGGGGGAGAGGCAGGCCCAGGCAGACUGACCAGAGGGCACGGGGGUUCCCCUGGGGUCGGGGAGGGCCUAUGGCCAGAGGGUGGGCCAGGGCCAGUGCAGGUCAGAUGGCACAGGGUCUCCUGGGGUGGUGGUGAGCUUCCUGUCCUACUUGGGGCCUGCUGCUGAGCAGGGAGCAGAGCAGAGAGCGGGAUUCUGCCUCGGUGCCCUCUGCACCUUGCCCUCGCUUAUCUGCACCCCGGGUGCUUCUAGGGCUGCCCUCUGUGACUGUGGGUAGGACCCCACCGUCUCUGGGCCUACAGCACCUCAGGUGUCUACCCUCCUGGGGUCGUCCUCAACAUGUGCCCUGCUGGUGACUCUUCCCUUCCUAUGCUGAGGGGCUGCCUCGCUCCCUGGGCUGGGGCCGAGGAAGGGUCUUCUGGGCUUUGCCUGAUGCUGGGACACCUGCUGAGUUGCCUGCUCCUGCCUAAUCGCUUGCCUUCCAGCUAGGGAGGCCUGGAGAGAAGCAGAAACUGGCCCAGACGGCAAGGCAGGGGUGGGCAGGGCAGGGAGCCUUAGCUCCCUGGCUGGCUGGGGACACAGGGGUCAAAGCCCUGGGGGUGGGAUCGCUGCUUGCUCCCGUGUGUGGCUGUUCAGGACGAGGUGGCCACCUGCCUGUGCAUCCGCCAGCCUGUGGUGUGCACCAGAGCCGUGGAGCCCCGGAACCACCUCCUUCACCCUGUCCGGGUGCCCCACCUCCCACUGGAGCUAGGAGCACAGCAACGCCCCGAUCCCUUGCCUGCCCCCCAUGCUGACAUCUGCCUUACAGCCACAAUGGGAAAGCUGCAAUGUUUCUGUUUUAUUUAAAGAAAGCCCAAGAUUAAAGAGUUUUU